AUGGCUACGCUGCUCACGAUGCCGUCGUGCAUGGAGCUCUUCAGCACGUGUCAGCUGGGCGUGGGCAAGCUCAACCAGAAGCUUGGCGUCUCUGCGGCGGAGGGGUACAAACCUGUGAGUAUCGUGUCGGCCAGCGAGUCCAAGACCGUGACCGAGAACAGCACCAAAGUUGCGAUGCUGGUGCAGCUGGCGCCGCUAACGGACUGCUUGUCGGAUCCAUCGACGGCGAAGGGGGACAGCUGCCAGUUUGACAUGUCCAAGGUGGAGUUCUACAGUAUCCUGCUGACGCACGAAUUUGGAGCCUCGUGGAAGCUGGAAGGCUACAAGCGUCAUGCUCUCUCAGAUGACGAGCGAGCGCAGAUUAUGCAGGAAUACAACAGCGGUCAGUUCUACGGUAGCAAGGUCGCCAUUGGUAUUUUCGAUGCGCCGGGUGAACCGCUCGAGUCCGAUUCCAAGGCCACGGCACCGCGGACUCCUACCGCUGUUGUAGCUGCCUCCGUGACUGCCUUGUUUUGUCUUGGGUUGGUCCUGCACCAGCGCAGGCGUCAUCAAAAUGGAUACGCCCCGAUCUACCUCUCGAAAGGAGGCAGCGUCCAAGGGAAAAAGUCGCCGACGGCCAAGGGAACUCCAGAGGAAAGGUCGCUGCGCCCAGCUGAUGCCGCUGGUACAAGUGGAGGCCACACCUUUAAGCAGGAGGCUAACGAGCGUUUUGCGGUCUGA